AUGACGACUAAGCCCUCAGAAGUCUUCAUCACUUUGUUUUAUUGCCCUUUGUUUUGGGUACAAGAUAUUGAUGCCAACAAAUGUGAUGUUUUCAAUGUCACUGUCUCACAGGCCAACAAAUGUGAUGUUUUCAAUGUCACUGUCUCACAGGCCAACAAAUGUGAUGUUUUUAAUGUCACUGUCUCACAGGCCAACAAAUGUGAUGUUCUCAAUGUCACUGUCUCACAGGCCAACAAAUGUGAUGUUUUUAAUGUCACUGUCUCACAGGCCAACAAAUGUGAUGUUAUCAAUGUCACUGUCUCACAGGCCAACAAAUGUGAUGUUUUUAAUGUCACUGUCUCACAGGCCAACAAAUGUGAUGUUUUUAAUGUCACUGUCUCACAGGCCAACAAAUGUGAUGUUUUUAAUGUAACUGUCUCGCAGGCCAACAAAUGUGAUGUUUUUAAUGUCACUGUCUCACAGGCCAACAAAUGUGAUGUUUUUAAUGUAACUGUCUCACAGGCCAACAAAUGUGAUGUUUUUAAUGUCACUGUCUCACAGGCCAACAAAUGUGAUGUUUUUAAUGUCACUGUCUCACAGGCCAACAAAUGUGAUGUUUUUAAUGUCACUGUCUCACAGGCCAACAAAUGUGAUGUUUUUAAUGUCACUGUCUCACAGGCCAACAAAUGUGAUGUUUUUAAUGUCACUGUCUCACAGGCCAACAAAUGUGAUGUUCUCAAUGUCACUGUCUCACAGGCCAACAAAUGUGAUGUUAUCAAUGUCACUGUCUCACAGGCCAACAAAUGUGAUGUUAUCAAUGUCACUGUCUCACAGGCCAACAAAUGUGAUGUUUUUAAUGUAACUGUCUCACAGGCCAACAAAUGUGAUGUUUUUAAUGUCACUGUCUCACAGGCCAACAAAUGUGAUGUUUUUAAUGUCACUGUCUCACAGGCCAACAAAUGUGAUGUUUUUAAUGUCACUGUCUCACAGGCCAACAAAUGUGAUGUUUUUAAUGUCACUGUCUCACAGGCCAACAAAUGUGAUGUUUUUAAUGUCACUGUCUCACAGGCCAACAAAUGUGAUGUUUUUAAUGUCACUGUCUCACAGGCCAACAAAUGUGAUGUUUUUAAUGUCACUGUCUCACAGGCCAACAAAUGUGAUGUUUUUAAUGUCACUGUCUCACAGGCCAACAAAUGUGAUGUUUUUAAUGUCACUGUCUCACAGGCCAACAAAUGUGAUGUUUUUAAUGUCACUGUCUCACAGGCCAACAAAUGUGAUGUUUUUAAUGUCACUGUCUCACAGGCCAACAAAUGUGAUGUUUUUAAUGUCACUGUCUCACAGGCCAACAAAUGUGAUGUUCUCAAUGUCACUGUCUCACAGGCCAACAAAUGUGAUGUUUUUAAUGUCACUGUCUCACAGGCCAACAAAUGUGAUGUUAUCAAUGUCACUGUCUCACAGGCCAACAAAUGUGAUGCCAACAAAUGUGAUGUUUUUAAUGUCACUGUCUCACAGGCCAACAAAUGUGAUGUUUUUAAUGUCACUGUCUCACAGGCCAACAAAUGUGAUGUUUUUAAUGUCACUGUCUCACAGGCCAACAAAUGUGAUGUUUUUAAUGUCACUGUCUCACAGGCCAACAAAUGUGAUGUUUUUAAUGUCACUGUCUCACAGGCCAACAAAUGUGAUGUUUUUAAUGUCGCUGUCUCACAGGCCAAUAAUUUGUUGUUGGUUUACCAGUGGAUGUUUGUGAACAAAACAAGUGUACGAAAGCUCAAUAGGUGUUGA